AUAUUUAUAAUAAAUGGCAUUUGACAAAGCAAUUGUCACGAAAUUCACAACACUUGGAGUCGUAGGAAUCACAUUGGGACUAGCAGUCUGGGGAUUCUUCACUGAUCUUUGCCCUGGUUCAACAUGUGUGGAUCAUGUAAUAAAUAACAUCUUUAUUUGCUUUAAUUUGGUGUAAGAACAUUUCGAAAUAUUCAGCAUACUUUCAAUGGUUUUGUUGCCAUCUGAAUUUUAAGUCAAAUGGAUAAAAGAUGGGUUUGGAUUGAUAGACAAUUUAUUUGGCAGAGGUCUCUAUAUUUUCUUGUAAUUUAAUUUACUAAUGCUAGCAUUGGAUCAUGGGUCUUUGGUUUACAUUCCAGAUAUGUUGACUAAGGAAUUAAAACUUAUGCCUUUGUUGUUUCAAUUAUAGAUUUAUGUGUUGGCGUACUUUACGUGAUAUUUUAUUUUGCAGUAUUUAUCCAUUCUAUAUUCAUAAGUUUGGAGAACCAGCAUAACCAAAAUGA